AUGUGGCUAGCUAUUUCGUCGCAACAACAGCUGCCGCCGCUGCUUGAAAAGCUGGCAAGUGUAGCGUCGCGAUUUCGCACGCUCGAAGUUCGGGUGAAUUGUGCUUCGUUACGAGACGCUACGCGAGUGACCAACUUCCUACGAGUGCUCCGACAGGAUCCACUGCCAAGUCUGGAUACCGUGUCCUUAGAGCUCAGGCCGCCCAGCGUCUGGGUUCUACCUGACGAUCUGUCUGCGUUAGCUGCGAGGAACAAUGAGCCUCCGUGCAAGGCCCCCGCAUUGCGCCUACUACGGAUGCGUCACACCUUCGUGCCGUUCCUCGCCCCCAAUCUUCACUAUCUCGACAUCCGGGAUUGCGCGAGCUUCACUAUUCAUGAUCUCUUCCUCGUCCUUCGGAACGUACCCGAACUUCGCUAUUUACGAUGGCAGAGGCGCAAUGCCCCUAACACGUGGGAUCUCCCUAUCCUGGCUGAGGACAUUGAGCAGCCUCCCAAACCCGUCACCCUUCCUCAUCUUGACUCUAUUCACCUCCCUCACCUCCGCUCCUUCGAUGUGACCGAUGGGCCCUCGCAGUUGAGUCUGUUUGCCCAGACAAUCUCCUCACCGCCGGUCCGCUGGACUCGUCAACGGCCGCCCAAUCCUCCCACGAUUAACUUCGCACCUAUCCAGACCAUCACACGAGAUGUUGUCGAGGACAUAGCACGCGCAAGCGCCCACUUCAUCUCUAGAUUGGUGCCCGUUUCGGCAUCUGGGUCUGUCGCGCUCACCAUCCCGUCCUCCACGUAUAGGGUCUAUCAUCUCCUGCUCAGCGAGGGGUGGGAUCCGGCCUCGCGGAAGUUACAUUCUGUUCCUUGCACGAUCUUUGGCCUAGGCUGCUAUAUCGAUAGAGCUUGGGCCUCGCCUCUCGCUGCGCUCGUCAAAGGAGUCGUCGCUCCCUUCGCAUCCGACAUACGCUCUCUCUAUGUUACUGGCGAUAUCUUGUAUGAUCCAAUGGAAAGAGACUAUCCUCUCGAGCACACGCAGUGUACCUUGAGUGAAUCAUUUUCCACCCUUCUGAAUAUUUCCGAGCUGUACCUCGCUAGCGAAGCAACAGGCCUUCUUGAGGUCUUGCGUCGUCCGGCGUCGUCCAGCGGGGGCACUGGUGUUAUAUUCCCUCUCUUGGACACCAUCAUCCUAGAUCAUACCGAUCGUCACUGUGAAUGGCCUCGAGGAACCUCGCAGACAGAAAACGUGGGCGUGUUAUACUCAAGAGCUCCACCAUACAAACACCUUGCUGGGGUGUGGUGGGAUGCGUUCUGCGCCAUGCUCGCGGAUCGGGUCGCGCUGGGUCACAAGUUGCGGCGGUUGAUCCUGCGUGGCCGUACGUGCCAUGUUCGGAGGGAUGAAGGAGAACGAGCCUAUCUCGAGCCUCUUUGGCAGCUGCAAGAGUUGUCUGAGUGGGUGGAUGAAGUUGUAGAUGAGAGAGAUGCAUGUGGGAUGAAGGAUGGGCGCGAUAAUCCCUACUAG